CUCACUAACUCUCUACUCACCAUGUCCGUGUCCAUCCUGCGCAGAGCUGCACGACUGCCCCUCUCAAGGCAGCACCAGCCUCUUUUCGCUCGCCCUCUCUCAAUCUCCUCCAUCGUCCUCCGUCCCACCUCCACGUCUCCCACCAGAUCAUCCACCACUGCUACCCAGCCUCACCCAAGAUCACCUUCAGAGUCAUUCCACCCUGCCCCUACUUCUGUCUUCACACCACUUGACACUUUCCUCCCUCGUCACCUUGGCCCUCGUGAGGCUGAUAUUCAGGCCAUGCUCGAGGUCCUUGGUCACAAGACUCUUGACGAGUUUGUGGCUACCACCAUCCCCAGCGAGGUCAGAAUUGAUCAGCUUACAAACAAAGAGGAGAAGGGCAAAGGUCUGAGAGCUUUGAGUGAGUUGGAAUUGAGGAGGAGAAUAGAGGAAAUUGCUGCUAUGAACAGGCCCGUCAAGAGCUACAUCGGUAUGGGCUAUCAUAACGCUAUCGUUCCCCCAGUUAUCCAGCGUAACGUUUUUGAAAACCCGGCGUGGUACACUGCCUACACCCCAUACUCUCCUGAACAAUCCCAGGGUCGAUUAGAAUCUCUUAUCAACUUCCAAACCGUGGCCAUCUCACUCACUGGCUUGCCCAUUGCCAAUGCUUCUCUGCUUGACGAAGGUACUGCCGCCGCCGAAGCUAUGGCCAUGUGCCUUGCUUCCGUCGCCAAGCCCAAAUUCAACAAGGGCAAAAAAGUGUUCCUCGUUUCCCCUAAUGUAGCCCCGCAAACUAUUGAGGUUCUCCAGACGAGGGCAAGCGGUUUUGAUAUUGACCUCAGGAUCGCCGAGAGUGACGCCAACUUCCUCUCUGAAGUUGAGAGUCUCGGCGAGGCCCAGUUGAUGGGUGCUUUAGUGCAAUACCCGGAUGUGAACGGUGAGAUUGGCGACUGGGAAGAAGUCGCGACCAAGGUCAAGGCUACGGGAGCGAAGAUGGUGGUCACGACUGACCUGCUCGCUUUGACCAUGAUCAAGCCCCCUGGAGAAUGGGGUGCAGACAUUGUCUGUGGUAACUCUCAGCGAUUCGGUGUUCCUGCUGGUUACGGUGGUCCGCACGCCGCCUUCUUUGCCUGUACUGAUGACCUCAAGAGGAAGAUGCCCGGACGACUUGUUGGUUUGAGUAAGGAUUCUCAGGGUGCUCCUGCCUACCGAUUGGCUUUGCAGACCCGAGAGCAGCAUAUUCGACGUGAAAAGGCUACUUCCAACGUCUGUACUGCACAAGCUCUUCUCGCCAACAUGGCCGCCAUGUACGCCGUCUACCACGGGCCUGAAGGUCUUCGCCGAAUUGCCGGCAAGGUUCAUUCCCUCACUCGAGUCCUCUCUGAGUCCCUCGCAUCCCUAGGCUUCACCACUGUCAACAAGGCCUUUUUUGACACCCUUACCAUUGACGUUUCCAGCGCGGGUGUAACCGCUGCCGACGUCCACACCGCUUCGGUCAAGGCUGGUAUCAACUUCCGAAAGAUUGACGACAAGACUAUCGGUAUCACUCUUGACGAGAGUGUCGGUCCUCUUGAUUUGACCGACAUCAUCAACGUGUUUUACGCUGUCAAGGGUCAGCCCGCUGUUGAGCCCGAAGUUCUCGAGGCCCUCGCUCAAAAGUUGGAGUUGUCUGCUGAGAGCGUCACUUCGCCUAUCGCUACUCUUGCGCGAACGACCCCGUUCCUUACCCAGCCCGUGUUCAACAAGCACCACUCUGAGACCGACAUGCUUCGUUACAUGAUGCACCUCCAGGAGAAGGACUACUCUCUUGUCCACGGUAUGAUCCCUCUUGGAUCUUGCACCAUGAAGCUCAACUCGACUUCUUCCAUGGUACCCCUGUCUUGGAAAGAGUUUGGUGGUUUGCACCCUUUUGCCCCCACCGACCAGGCCAAGGGCUACGAGGUGAUUAUCAAGGAGCUCGAAAACGACUUGUCCCUUGUCACAGGCUAUGAUGCCACCUCGGUCCAGCCCAACUCUGGUGCUUCAGGCGAAUAUGCUGGUCUUCGCGUCAUCCAGGCUUAUCACGAGUCUAGGGGUGAGGGUCACCGAGACGUUUGCCUCAUCCCUCUUUCCGCCCAUGGUACCAAUCCCGCAAGUGCUGCCAUGGUCGGGUACAAGGUCGUGCCCAUCAAGGCUUUGAAUGAUGGAUCUUUAGACUUGGCCGAUUUGAAGGAGAAGGCGGAGAAGCACAAGGAUAAGCUUGCCGCGUUUAUGGUCACUUACCCUUCUACCUUUGGUGUGUUCGAGGAAGGUAUUGAGGAAGCUUGUCAAAUUGUGCACGACAAUGGUGGUCAAGUUUACGUCGAUGGCGCCAACUGUAACUCGCUCAUUGGCUUGACUUCUCUUGGUCGUGUCGGUGGUGAUGUCUCCCACACCAACCUGCACAAGACCUUCUCUAUCCCCCACGGUGGUGGUGGUCCCGGUGUCGGCCCCAUCUCUUGUAAAUCCCACCUCGCUCCCUUCCUUCCCUCUCAUCCUAUCGUCCCCACCGGUGGCUCUACCCCUAUCACAGCCGUCUCUGCCGCUCCUUAUGGCUCCGCAAGCAUCAACACCAUCUCAUGGGCUUAUAUCAAGAUGCUCGGGGGUGAAGGUCUUACUACCGUCUCCAAAAUCGCGCUCCUUAACGCCAACUAUAUCGCCGAACGUCUCAAGCCUUACUACAAUUUGCGAUACUCGAACAAGAAUGGUCGUGUCGCGCACGAAUGUUUGAUUGAUUUGGCAGAGUUUGAGAAGAGCGCUGGUUUAAAGGUGCCCGACUUUUCCAAGAGGUUGCAGGACUACAGUUUCCACCCUCCUACCGCUCAAUGGCCCAUCUCUACCUGUUGGUUGAUUGAGCCUACAGAGUCAGAGUCCAAGGAGGAGAUUGAUCGAUUCAUCGAAGCUCUUAUCUCUAUCCGAAAGGAAAUUGACGAAAUCGUCUCUGGUGAACAGUCCAAGGACGACAACGUCUUCAAGAAUGCUCCUCAUCCUUUGAGCCUCUUGACUGCUGACAAGUGGGACAGGCCAUACUCUAGGGAGAAAGCUGUCUUCCCUGUUCCUGGAUUGAAGAAGAGCAAGUUCUGGCCCAGCGUGGGCAGGUUGGAUGACGCUGCUGGAGAUCUCAACUUGAUCUGUGAAUGUGGCAGUGUGGAGGAGUACGCUUAAGAGGAGUGUACAGAUUAGACGUGCUUUCAAUGUUUCUUUUUUUUUGUUUUGGUCUUUUCGUGUUUUACCUUCCUUUCUUUUCCCUUUCGGUCCAUAGCAUAUUCGCAAUAUCCAACUGACGGUUCAACCUCAUACUUUUUUUUUUCAAUAAUCAACUCGUUGUCUAGCAAUUCAACCUUGCAUAUUUCAGGAUAGAAAUUAUAUAGUGUAUAUAACAAAUACGAAACGUAUGAAUUAUUAUCAUGCAUG